AUGUUUAUGGAUGUAGUUUCAAAGAACGAGAACCGUGUGCACGAGCUGGAGGUUCAAACUCUCUCUUGGAGUCGCGUCGAAAGCAGCGAGCAUCAGUUCAAUCAAACACAUCGGUCGGAAGAGUUAAGAAAGUCAACGAAGCUCAACACAAUGUUUAAAAUCGUAUUAAUAUCUGUUCUGAUCGUGGCGGCCUCCGCUAUGCCAUAUGACAUUCUACGCGCUGCUCGUUCUCCUCAUGGCCCACACGGAGGAAUAGGAUUCAGUGGUUCCCAAGCUCAAAGCUUCUCAGGUGGAUAUGGUGGCGGAUAUGGUGGGUAUCCAGUUGGAUACGGAGGAUACGGAGGAUACGGAGGAUACCCAAUAGGAGGAUACGGAGGAUACCCAAUAGGAGGAUAUGGUGGAUACCCAGGAUACGGUGGUGUCGGCACCGGCGGUGCAUACAGUAGCGCAAACUCCUUUGGCGUGGGUGUUGGAUUCAGGAAAUAA